CAGCUACUGGAAGCCAGUGGAGGGGGUGCAGCAGCGGGGUAUGCGAGAACUUAGGCAGGUUGAAAACAAGUCAUGCAGCUGCUUUUUGGUUCAUUUGCAGAGGACCAAUUGCAUUCAUACUGUAGGUAGAUCUGCCAGCAGUAAGUUGCAGUAGUCCAGUCUUGAGAUGACAAUAGACUGAACAAGAAUGAGCAGCAUAUGUGGACAAAAAUGGCAGAAUCCAUCUAAUGUUGUACUACUGUAAGAAGGAAACGACACGAGAGUGUCACAUUGUCAACAUGCGAGGAAAAGGACAGUUGAUUAUUCAUGGUUUCCCCAAGUUUGCAAGCUGUUAUUAAAGGGGAGAUCAGCUCCUUAUGCAGGUAUAUUGCAAAAUCAUAACAAGGGGAUGAAUCACCUGGGAUGAUCAACAGUUCAGUUUUGCUACGAUUGAGCAUCAACUGACGAGCUGUCAACUAUGAUGAUAUGUCUGAUAGAAAUGCUGAGAUCUGAACAGAAGCUGUGGUAUCUGAGGGAAGAAAGAGAAGAUAAGUUGUGUAGCAUCAGCAUAGCAGUAGUAAGAAAACCCAUGUGAGGAAAUAACUUUACCAAGAGCAUGAGUAUACAGAGAGAAAAGAAGAGGGACAAAUACUGAGCCCUAUGGGACAAAAGUGGAGUGUUUGCAUGAAUCAGAUGUCACUCCCCUCCAUGUUACCUGAUAUGACUUUUCAGGUAGGAAGCAAACCAUUUCCUUGCUCAUCUGCAAAUUCCAAGACUCCUGAGGGUCUUGUGGUUGACUGUAUCAAACGUUGCUGAAAGGUCGAGGAGGACGAGGACAGAGCACAGAUGAUAGCUGAUCUAGUAGCAUGUAGUUUCUCAGAGACAUCCCAAAGGGCUCUUUUAAAACCAGAUUGGUUGGGAUCUUGGAGGUUAACCAAUCAGAUCCAAGAAUACAAUGGUGCUGUGGAGUCAAUAAGUUUACUUUAAAAAAAAAGUUUUUAUACAUAUGCUCUUCUAUGGAGGCAUAAAGAAAAGUCCUCACCUCUAAUACAAUUUUCUUUCCUAUUAAUAGCUGAACAGGGUUUAAAUUAUUUUCAAACAAACCAAAAAGGGACCAUUAAGAAUGCAGCUUCUAGCCACAACAUUUUAUUCCAAAAUUUAGGACUACUGUAUUGUAACAUUUUAUCAUACAUCAGUAAUAUAUAUGUAUUAUAAGUGACAUUACAUUUACUAACACAGCUUUUUAGAGAUUCAGGUGUCAUGUUCACCUCUGUUCUGCCAUCACAUAUGGCUUUGAGGAAAACAUGAGAAACAAAAAACAAUAAGGCAUGUUAUAUUAGGAAACUAGUCCACAUCAGGUGGUGUAGCCUGAUACAAGUGAGACUUACUACCACUGUGAAGUGUAUUAUUUUCCUGUAACAGCAGGGUCUGAAGCCUCUUACACCGCAGCCCGGAAUAGGUUCUUUUGUGUGUUUAUUCUUGACUUGUUUCAGUCAGCUUCACACAGCUGUUUUUUGUGGUAUACCAAAAUUCUGAUAAACAUAAACCUUUUCAAUCUCUUUGUUAUCUCUUUAUUUAUUGAUGUUUGUAAAUCCAUAUUUUGUAAAUGUUUUGGUAUACACUAUAUCCAUGUUCAAAUUAAAAUUUAUUUAGAAACCAGGUGAAAGAGAAGGAAAUUGGUGUACAAUGUCUAAAUCUAGUGUCUGAAGGACAGGACUGAAACUUUGUUUGGCGGUAGUUUUUCUUGAAAGAAUUGUGGAUACAAUAGAAAAAUAAUUCCUGAUAUAAUAAAUUUUAUUCUACUGACUUUGUCCCUCUUUCCUUGCUAUACUGUAUGUAACCUUUUAACCAGCAGUGCCCUUAUCAUACUUUCCAGGAUUAUUAGGCUUUGAAUACCUAAAUUAAUAUCACAGUUACUAGUAUACAUUUCUACAUUUGUAAAGCUAGAGGGGACAGUCUCAACUUUCAAUGUGGUGUUUUUCUGUACAUACUAUUUUACCAACUGAUCUAAUAGGAUUCCCUCAUAUAUUAAAUAAAAAAUUAUACUGAUAUACAAUAAUAUAGGACCAAAUACACAUUUAUUUAAUUUAAUUUUGGAUUGGACUAUAAACAGCUCUAAACAUGCACAGACUACACAACCAACCACAAGCUUUUGUUUAAACAAAUGCAUCUGUCCAUUUCAGAGAAAGACAUUCACAGUGGUUUUAAUAUUUUCCAACCGCAAAGCUGAUGCUCGUCUCUUUUCAUUGCACCACCAAAAACAACCUCUUGCCCCUACUUGCUGCAUCAAAGCCACAAAAACUAUUUUUAUUUUCCAUAGCUAGGGUUAGAUCACACACAGUGGUUUACUGAAGGACAAAAAAAAUGUUUAAACAAUUAAAUGGACACAUUUCAUAUCAUUAGUAUAAAAAGGCUACGACUCUCUCUAUUCUAAUACUUUACAAUUGCUUUUUUCUCAACCCUUUGCUAAAUGAAACAUGUUGUAGCAUGAAAUGUUACCAUGUGCAUCAACUAUUAGAUAAAUAAGGCAUUCCAUUCAUGCAUGAAAUCUUCCCCAAAGUUACAAUACUAUUAACAAUAAUAUCACAGCACAUUAAUUUGCAAUUUGAUACAAAUCAAAACACGUGAUUCUAAAUAAGCAUACAUUACUAUAUAUUGUGCAAAUUUUGAACCUCAGAGGUUGACAAAACAAAAAAUCAUCAAAAAUCAUUUGUGCUGCUCAGAAGCUUUUUCUCAGAAGUCCAAACUGCAUAGUUGACUAGUAGUUGACUUACUGUACUGUAAUAAAGCAUGGUGAGCUAGUUAAGUGCAGACUUAAUACAGACAAUGACACACAAAUAAAUCCAUGUGAUCACAUAACACAUCGGUGACAAAAUAUCAACAAAGCAGUGUUGAUCUCUCAUUGCAAGAUACUACUUGAUUCUGGUAUAUUUAUUUUCACUGUAUAUGUUUAACUGUAAAGUGACUUUAUUUUGUGCUAGUGGAAGAUUUUUAUGUCUUUGUAUUUCAUAGUACAUGGUUUUGCUUGGACCAACCAUUAACAAUGUCACCUCCAGAAUACCGGUGUAUUGAGUGUUGAGGUGCAUCAAAUCACCAUGAAGUGCAUUCAUUUUACACAUACAGUAUCCUACAUAACAAAUGAAACAGCAUGAGGAGGAAUUUGUUUUCAUUCUUUAACCUAAUUUUGUAUAAUAAAAAAAUUAAAAUCAAUGAACCUAAAUGCUUAAAUACAAAUCUGCUCAUCCAGGGGUUAAGUAUUUUGUUAUGUGAUCAACAGUAUUAGAUUUAUUGGGCAUAAAUCACAUGAGAUUUUGAUAAUGUUUUAAUAUACUAAAAUGCAAUACAGUCUUUAUAUUUUACGAUUUGUCUAUUUUCCAAGAGUCUGUAAGGAACAAUGGUGUUAGUAUCUGCUUUAUCACAAAUAUACUGUAUGUUUAUGUGCUACAAGACUUUUCAGUACCUGCCUUUUCAGAUUUUCAGCUAAUAAAUUUCAGAAACAUUCCUUAGUUCUCUUAUACAUGUCCUAUUUACAUUGUUUACAUUUAAUUUAUAUUUUGAGAAGGACUAUUGGCCAGUAUUAUAACAGAAGAAAGACAAAAGUCAGGUGACAAAUAUUUUAGAAAAAUUUACUUUACAUAUUUUACUAUGUAAAAUGCUAUGACAUAAUCUAUACAAAUAUAUACUGUACAAUGUAGGGAUCAGAUUCAUUUGCCAGUUUUAACCAACCCAUUUUCAGCUGUAAACCCUGGGAUGUUAAACUGUUCCCUUUAUAGUGUCCUUUUUAACCUCCACAGGAUCUGAGUGUUGUGAAUAUACUAAGUGUACAUCCACUUUGGAAUUAUUACAAACUGUCUAUUUCAGUUCAGCUGAACACAAAUCAACAUUACUGGAAAAUGUGCUGGUCUUACUGAAAAAGAAAGAAUGCUGCAUCCUUCUUAAAACAAUUGUAAAUUAAAAAUCUGUUACAUGCUGUUGAUAUACUCACCACACCCCCUACACACAGAUAAAUCAUCAUUUGGUUUGAACACAGUUUCCUCUGUCUGUCUCACCUCAUACACAUUGGCAUGUGGCUCAGCAACAGCAGUGGUUCAGAUUAUGACUCUGCCUUUGUUCCUAUGCAUCACAGGUUUGCUUUCAGAGACUCAGAACUCUUUAACUUUGGAGGCAGAAGCUGGAGAUAACGUCACUAUUUGGUGCCAACAUGAUCUGAAACUUCCAGAUACGAUCUUCUGGUUUAAACACAUGAGUGAUUCAGUUCCACUUCUUCUUGGUUGUAAAAGGUUUUUUCCAUCAGCUUCAUCAGAGUCGUGUUACUUCUUUAGUGAGAGUGAGAGAAUAGUGAUGUCUGUUCAUGGCAGUAAAACAUCUCUCAAAAUCACUGCAGUAAACGUCUCUGAUACAGGACUAUAUUACUGCAGCUUCACUGAGAAAAUGAUCUUUAGUAACUCCACAUAUUUACAACUGAAAACAGGAAAUAAAACAUUGUCUCUCUCAGACAGAUCAGAAGGUUCAGUGUCUCCUGCUGUGUUCUUCAUAAUGACUGUGGUGUUUGGUUCAGUGACUGUGUUUCUUCUUGGUGUCCUGAUCUUCAUCAUACUGAAGCACAGAAAAACACACACUGGUGAUAUAACUGACGGACAUGAUGAUGAGGAGCAAGAGAGUGAUUCAGUGAACUACGCUGCUCUGCAGUUCUCUAAGAAGAAAACAAAGAAGACAGGAAGAAGUAGUGAAAUAAUAUAUACACAUGUUGUAUAUUCUGCUAUCAGACAAUAAUUUAGAAAAGAUGUGAUUACGAGUUGACAUAAUGUAUAAUGUACUGCUACUAAUGAUAAACAAUGUUGAGCUGAUAGA